AUGGUGAGUGGAAAGAUACAGAGCACAGUCUGCAGCCCCAAAUGGAGUUGAUUCUACACUUGGAUGAGGGUGGAAAUGUAUUGACACUUCUUUUCUUUAUUAAGAGCUUCUUGAGACGAUACAAAGGUCCUGCUGACCACUGGAUUGGUCUGCAAAGGAUGGAUGACCAGGAUCCUUGGAAAUGGAUCAAUGGCACCAUUUUCAAUAAACGGUGAGAUUUCCCUCCCCCCCCAUUGUGUGUCAAGAAAUAAAAGUCAAAAGUCCAGAAACUAGAAAUUUGACAGAACCAGCCAUUUAAAUGUCCGGGCUAUGCAGCAUGUUUUGCUUUUGAAAAACUCUCUCUCUCUCUCUCUCUCUCUCUCUCUCUCUCUCUCUCUCCCUCUCUCUCCACACACACACACACACACACACUUUUGAAUUUAUUCGGGAGGGUGGACAUAGCUACAGUGGUGGGGGCCUAGGGGCAGGGGGCCAGGAUUUUGCCCCGGAUGAAGCCUUCAUAGGGGUGCCAUUGAGUCACCCAGCCUGAGUGUGUGUCAAUAUCUCCACUCUUCUUCUGAAGUCAGGGGUUUUUAUACCAUUUGCUGAAGCCCUGAGCCAAGAUCACAUAGUCUAAAAUGUAAAUGUAUUAAAUUAAUAUAAAUGAAGCUGCCUUCUGCAGUUUUCUUCAGGUGAAAAUUAGCUUCCAGGGCUUCCUGUACAUACAUUGGGGGAUCUCUUUUCAGGUACAUACAUUGGGGGGGGGGGUCUCUUUUCAGGUACAUACAUUGGGGGGGGGUCGCUUUUCAGUUGCAUGGUCUUAUACUUGUUCUUAGGGAUACCAUUUCUACAUUCUGUUGCUUUUUAGGUUUGAAAUCCGGGGAGGAGGAACAUGUGCUUACUUGAACCAUCUGGGUGUUGCUAGCGGCAGCAGAGGAAGCGAAGAACGCUGGAUCUGCAGCAAACCAGUUGGUAAAUGAGAAACAGCAUAGGCUUCUAAGUCGUGCAGAUCACACUCAAUGAGGUAUGCAUAAUGGGCUGGCCCCCUGUAGCCUCCACAACCAAAGAGAGUGAUUAGGCUGUCCACCCUAGCUAUUGAAUCUGUGGGUGUAGAUGGAGGAAAAACCUUACUUGAUUUUGUUGGGUGGUCCAGAUUUUGGGUUUGGUGCAGAUUUGCAUUUUCCUGGGCAAUGUUGGGAGAGAGACACAGGAAACAUGUCCCUGCAUGAUGUGAUACAGCUCCUCUUCUCUUUUGUAUCUGCAGGUGUGGCAGUGUAAGUGCUAGUCUGGCCCUGCUUCUGUAAUGGACUGGGUAAGAACCAAUAAACUGAAGCUUAAUCCAGAUAAGAUGGAGGCACCGUUAGAGGGCUGGAUGGAUGGUUGCCUUCUCUUAAUGGGACCGCAGACAGUCUGGGAAUCAGCAUGUUUUUACAGGAGUAGAAUGUGUGCUUUUAUUUAAAAUGCAUCUCUGGGUUAUUUGUGGGGCAUAGGAAUCCAUUCAUUUCCUGCCCCCCACCCCCAAAAUAUAGUCCGGCCCCCCACAAGGUCUAAGGGACAGUGGACUGGACCCCUGCUGAAAAAGUUUGCUGACCCCUGUAAUAUUUCCCGCUUGGACUACUGCAAUGCGCUUUACGUGGGGCUACCUUUGAAGGUGACCCAGAAACUACAAUUAAUCCAGACUGCGGCAGCUAGACUGGUGACUGGGAGUGGCCACUGACACCAUAUAACACUAGUCCUGAAAGACCUACAUUGGCUCCCAGCGUGUUUCUGAGCACAAUUCAAAGUGUUGGUGCUGACCUUUAAAGCCCUAAACAGCCUCGGCCGCCCCCAUCGUUUAGGGGGUAAAGGUCCAGUGUCAAGGGCCUUCUGGCAGUUCCCUCCCUGCGCAAAGUGAGGUUACAGGAAACCAGGCAGAAGGCCUUUUCAGUAGUGGUGCCUGCCCUCCCAUCAGAUGUCAAGGAAAUAAAUAUCUGACUUUUAGAAGACAGUGGCUCCCCAUUUGUAGAAUGCUUUCCCCGGGAGGUUCAGCUGGUGCCUUAAAGGGAAAUCUUCAAUUAACAAUAUCACCCAGUAGUGCCACAAUGCUAUCCUAUGGGGAAACUUCAGAUAAUCACUAAAAACCAGCCGUUUCACUUAUCUUCCUCAUUUCAAUGGUGCUUUACUCUUCUCAGGGAGGAGGAGGGGAGGGGACAGGUGUCAAACCAGAUAUUACCAGUCAAGAUAAGCAGGGCAGGUAGGGUGAGGAAGGUGUUAUCGGAAUCACAAAACCCCACGUGAAAAAAUCCAUCUCCAGAAUGGAAUGCAACCUGGCUUGAACAAAUAAAGAAUGGAAAUGGUUCAUUGAAUAUUUACAAACAAACUGUAAACAGAUAAGAACAUUGGCAGGAUUGUUGUAAUAACCUGCAGUUUUAUAAGAGUAUAUAUUAAAAGUAGAUGAAUAAAUGUGUAAAGUAAGUUAAUUUGGAGAUGAAUAAAAUAUUAAAAAUAAAUUUAAGGAACCGCAGAAGGAAGGGGAAGGAAGUCAAGUUCUGAAAUGUUCAAAUGAUUGUAAAAUUAUUGACAUGUAUAAAAUUGAAACUCAUUAAUAAAAUAAAAGAUAAAGAUAAACAUUUUUUUAAAAAGACACCACUCCUAUGGUGUGUGCAAUGUUUUGAUGACACUGUGUGAAAUGUGUUAUGGGAAAAUUUGAGAACUUUAAAAAACUCAUGUAACCUUUGUUCAGGGCUCUGUCUUUUUUGCUUGCCUUAAAGGUUGGAACCUUUGUUGCAACAAAUAAAGAUUAGGCCUAUUGGCUGCUGAUUUGCUUCUUCAUUGCUUGGCUGAAGUCUCUUAUUUUCUCUGACUGAUACAGAAUUUGCAGGGCUAGACUCUAGCGAAGUUGGGAAAUGGUUUAAGUAGUGUACCCCAAUUUUGGGAUGUGAAGGGGGAAAUACAAACUGCAGAGGAAUUCCUGGGUUAGCCUUUGGGAAACGACCUGUUCAAGCUACGGCCAUUAAGGAUCAACAGAGGGCCAGGAGGAACCAGACAAGGAUGUUCACUUCCACCUUUGCUCUUUAAAAUGUGUUUAGAACCCCUGGCAUUAGAUAGCAUUGUGAGAUUCAUGAAGGAGUUGAAUACGCUUAUUUCAAAGCCUCAUUCUAGUAUUCCUAAUUUGAUGAAAGCAACGGAUGAUUUGGGUAAAAUAUUAGGACACUCAAUUAAUUGGUCCAAAUUGGAAUGGUUGCCUAUAGGUGAAAAUCUAAUUACAUAUUUUUGCUCUAUAAGACUCACUUUUCUCUCUUAAAAAGUAAGGGGAAAUGUGUGUGCGUCUUAUGGAGCGAAUGCAGGCUGCGCAGCUAUCACAGAAGCCAGAACAGCAAGAGGGAUUUCUGCUUUCACUGCGCAGUGAUCCGUCUUGCUGUUCUGGCUUCUGAGAUUCAGAAUAUUUUUUUUCUUGUUUUCCUCCUCCAAAAACCAGUCUUGUGGUCUGGUGUGUCUUUUAGAGAGAAAAUUACGGUACUCAUUCAUUUAAGCAAUACCAAUUCUGGAAUUGUACCAAAUUUAUUCAAUAUCUAGGUAUGUUAAUACCAAGAAAUAUAACCCAGUUAGUAACAGUAAACAUAAAUAAUAAAAGAGUCUUCACUAGAUAUUGACAGGUAGGAACCAUUAAACCUUACUCUUGGGGGGAAAGUGCAUGCUCUCAAAAUGAACAUUACUCCCAGAUUUCUUUAUGUCCUGAGAGGACUUCCAGCUUUUAUACCUGGGUCAUAUUUUCAAAAGAUAAAUUCCCUGUUUAGGAAAUGUCUUUGGAGCUCAAAAGCACUGAGGAUAUCUAUGCAGAAAAUACCAUUACAAAUGAAAGAAGGUGGAUUUGGAAAUAUUGGAGACCUGCUGAUGGUCUUAACUUCCUGACAUGGGCAACCUUAGAAUAUACAUAUAUAGCACUUUUGGUUGGUUGGACAGCAUUAGAAUCAAAAAUAUUUCAGAAAUAUUUGAAAUUUCAGAUGACUCUUGAAAUAAUUCAGUUAGAAUACUGGAUUGUUGUAGCUAAUAAAAGCAACUUUGAUCCAUUUUCCCAUGCAAAACUUACUCUGUGGGGAUAUCCUACUCUAAAAAUUUGAAUAGAAGAUGGUAAGAUGGAAAAACUGGAUGGAAGCAGGUGUAUUGACCUUGAUAGAUGAAGAAUAUGAACAUUACAUGUAUGAUGUUCUAAGAGAAAAAUAUCACCUGUCCUAUGAGGCCCAAUGGCAAUAUCUGCAUCUUUCCAUACAGCAUCUUUUAACAACCUCAUCUCAAAUGUUCAGUGUAAAGAGUGCAUCUUCAGCAUUCACCAGAAGCGAUAGAAUGGUGCCAGGAUGGGGAAGGAGUUCCACAACGUAGGGGCUGCAUAGUGGCCUAGCAAGCACGAUGGUCUCAUGAACAUUCAAACCAUCUCCAUAGCGAACCAUUCUAUCUUGCAUCUGCUUCACAUCAUUUUUAAGCUCUGUCAGGUCCUUUUGGAUCGGCUUCAGAACUUGUACUUGAGCCAGUAAAUUUCAGUAAAUUAGUAUUAGUGUCCUCCACCACCAUUUCACUGAUUAGUGACGCUGUUGGACUUGAAGAAGCUGCCUCUCAUUUCGCACUAGUUGACAUGGCUACAUCUCAUUAAAAGAAAUAAUACAUAAUGGGAGGUUUUAUAUACUCAGUAAUCAAUGACUUUGUCCAAGCAGUCCGAUAAUUCAGUAGUUUGAAAGCUUGUUAGUCUGAAGAGGAACGAGAAAUUUGCUUUCAAUGGGUUUUGGGGAAUUGACUGCUUUGAAUGAAAGGGACGGUGCUGUUCUGUUUGUAUUGUAAUUAUUGGCCAGGUUUGCUGUUUUGUGCUGUCAAAUUCUACAACUGAUCCUCAACUGUCACUUCAAACCAAUCUUUCAGUAGCCAAAAUAUAUCUACUUCAAAUUCCCUUGUUAUCUCUGGAUUUCACCUAGAGGUAUUUUGCUGAAAACAGAAUCUUCUUGGUAUUCAAUAUCUUUUAAAUUUUUGUGUUCCUGGCAAAUAACAAAAUCCCACAUAAUUAUUAUCUGGCCUUUGUUCUGGGCUCUUUCUUUGGUUUUAUUUGCAGAUGGUAUCCUUCUGCUUAUUUCGAAGACUCAAUCUAGUAUUUCUAAUUUGAUGAAAGCAAUUGAUGCUUUGGGUAAAAUUUCAGGAUUUUACCAAGAGGUAUUUUGCUGAAAAUAGAGAAAUGCCUUUCACAAUCUUUUUGGUGUUCAGUAUCUUUAAAAAUUGUGUGCUCCUGGCAAAUAACAAAACCCCACAUAAUUAUUAUCUGUAUCAAGCUAAAAUAUUACAGUAAAAGAGAGUCUUUCUGGCAAAUCCAUCUAAGUUCAAUACUGCAGGCUUCAGCGACGAGUUCAGACUUUAUCUUGCCACAAUAGUUCCCUUUGGCAUACUUUGGUUCUGGAAAUCUGUGGAAGGAAAGGGUAGAGUUGAAGGUCAGGACUGAAGACUGUUACAACUAUCCCCCCCCCCCACAUUCUUAAUAGAAAUCAGGGGUGUUCCCAAAAUGUGUAAUAAGCUGGCUGUGUGCAUUUGAAUCCUUCAGACAUGCAUGAAUAGUAUCAAAUUGGAUAGCAUGAAGAAAGUCAUUAUUAUUAUUUAUUAAAUUUAUAUACCACCCUAUACUCGCAGGUCUCAGGGCAGUCCACAGGAUACAAAGGUCAUGCGUGCUUGAUAAUGGGAUCGAGCCAUCUUACCCUUUUCCUGCCCCAAGACCAAAUAUUUUCCUUUGAGGCAUGGGAAGGAGGGUUGCAGCAGUGGUGGAGAAUCCUGGGCAUACUUUACAUCCUGGGAACUAAAAUGACCAGCCCAGUUUGCCACCUAGGGAGAGUUGGUGAAUUGGUGUAAUGGGGCAGAUAUAGGAGCUUGAGAGCAGAGCUGGCUUCCUUGUUGGUAUUUGGACCUCAGCACAUUCCCAGCAACAAUGGAUGUGCAACACUCUGUAUUAGUCGGUGACUCACCUCAACCACAUUAAGACUUUACAAAGCCCAACUGGUCAGUUGGUCACCCCAAAUUAAAUGAGAUGGGGGGGGGCAUCCGUCAUUAACUGCUAAUAACCUUCCAGUUCUCCCUUCCUUCUCUCUCCUCUGAUUUUCCUCUAGGACCGAAAAUGAACUUCUGGCCAGUUCUUUUUGAAUGUAGGUGUUAUGUACUGAAGUUCUCACCCUGAGCCAGCAGGGGGAUACUGUAGAUGGUUAUGCAAAUAAGGGAUUGAAAGUGAUGUUCAGUGAUUGGAUAGUUUUAGAAAGUUGUUACAAUUAUGUGUACUGGAGCUCUAUAUAAGCAGGGGGAUACUGUAGAUAGUUCAGGUCCACGUAUGCAAAUAAGGGAUCAAAAGUGACGCUCAGUGAUUGGAUAGUUACAGAAAAUGGUUACUGUUGCGUUCUAGUGGAGCUCUAUAUAAGCAGGCUGACUGAACCCUUCAGUUCAGUUCUGUUCUGGCCUCUGAAUAAACAAGAGCUGUUUGAAGAAACGCUGUGUCGUCUGAUAUGUUCACCCACAACUUAACAGUAUGUAUGUGUUAAGAGUGACAAAAAAGUCUCCCUCUUUUACAUUGCAUUUCCAACAGUUCUUAUUUUUCAUUUUGUACAUUUGUUAGUUUGGUGGGUAUUAAGUACCACCUAUAAAUGGAAUUUGGCAGCAUCUCUUAUACCAGUCCCUCUUUCUGCGUGAGAAUGUUGGCAACCUAAUUGGAACCGGUGCAGAAACCUGUGCCUCAAUUGCACACCCAAAUAAUCUGAGCUCUAAAAAUUGCAUGAUGUUUUGCUUAGGUUAAAAACAAUGAGAAGAACUCACAGACUCUGAUCAAGCUGGGAGCCUGUAAUCCACAUCCAUUUAUUCUCUGCUAAUGAUAGUGAGAGUCCGAUCCAGAAUUUUGCAUUUUUUGUAAUGUUUUUUAUGAAGUCCUGUGUCAGAGAAAAUGUAUUUUUGAAAAAGAUAUUUGCUGAUUUUCAAACUGAUGGCAUCAAAACAAAGAUUAAUAUAAACUCCACUAUCAACCUCACCCUCCUGGAAAGACUUUCUAAAUAAAAAGAGGAGUUGGGCUACAGUUACAUGAAUUUGCUUGCAACUUACUGUUUGGCUCUCACUAGUCAAUCUCCCCAAGGCCCUAUCUAGACACUGAUGAACUGGCCUUGGGUGGGAAUGGGAUGAAAUACUAAACAAGGCCCUGCACUCCACAAGCUUCUCAAGUCACAAAGCAUGAUACCAUUGUCGAGUUACUAAGUUAGAAUUAAACGCAAUUGGACUCAGGCUUCCUUCAGGCAUUGCAUGAAAUAUAUCAUUGUUCCUGACCAACUCCUCCUUGUCUUGGAUGACCAGCAGAUGAGAAUCCCUUGUUGAACAGUCAUGUUGGCUCUCAUUCCAGGUUUUAGUAUCUUCCGAUUGCCAGUAGCAUUUGUCCCUGUGGAGCUGCCAUUGUACAGGGCACACUUUGCAAGUGGAAUUAACUGUGGAAGGGAAGAUAGACACAUAAUUUAAUGAUUCUGACUGGCUCACCAUUUCCAAUGUAGAAAAACAUUAUGUACUCUGCAACUGCAGAAACCAGUGGCUUUAGGCUUACUGACGCCAAUAGUGCUUCAGUAGCCACAACCUCAAUAAGCUAAACUAUAGUAGUCCCUCCAAACUGGUGGCUUUAUUUAUUGACUGAAAAGGUGAUUGAUCAGAUGGGGUGGGUGGGUAGCAAAAUAACGCUUGUAGCAUAGGGAAAGGGCCAGCUAGUCACAGAAAAUGAGUUAAAAGUCUAUAGCCAAUUGAAGUACAGUCAUACCUCGGACGUCGAACAGAAUCUGUUCUGGAAGUCCAUUUGACUUCCGAAACAUUCAACUUCUGAAGCGCGGCUUCUGAUUGGCUGCGAAAGCCCCAUCGGACAUUCAGCUUCCGAAAGAACAUUCGAAAACCGGAACACUCACUUCCCGGUUUUGAUCAUUUGGGAGUCGAGGUACGACUGUAUAUAUUUGGACCAAACCACAUGUUUCAAUACAUCGAUUUGUGACAUUAUUCUGACUGUUGCUUCCUUAUUGCAAAACUUAUUCGUGAUGGGGGAACUUGCGGUUUGAAAGUGGAUUUUGUCCCAUUGGGAUUCCACAGUGACCUAUAUUUGUAAAAAAAAUAAAAACAGGUACAAUAUAUAAAUUUUUACCUGAGGGCUUGCUCUGGUAUUGGUUGCAGAGGCUGCGUCUUAGGAAAGCCUGAAACUUGUCUAAACAGAGAUUGCAUCUGCCAGCAUUUACUCUGGUUUCUCCUUUAUCAGUUUUCAACUGCAAAGCUACUCCUCACCAAACAAACAAACAAACAAACAAACAAACAACACAUUUAUUUAAAUAAAUAAGCAUCAUGUUAACACACAUAAUCAAAAUAUGGAGGCCAAGGAAUGAAAAAAGAAGAUGGAUACAAUUACCGUAGAUUCCGGCGUAAUAGGCGACUGGACGUAUUAGACAACCCCCCAAAUUGGCAGCUCCAAUUUGGGGGUUCGUCUUAUAAGCUCAGUCUUUCUCCCAGAACGGAGCCCGCCGCAUGCCGCCUAUACCCGGCGUAUAAGACGACCCCCAACUUUUUAACCUCUUUUCCGGGGUUAAAAAGUCAUCUUAUACACCGGAAUCUACGGUAGAUACGGAGAGCAAGCUGCAAAAGAGACCUGCCACAAUUCCUCCCACAGAAGUAUGAAUCCAUCUUGGCCUUCUUCAGAAAAUCACAUAGUAAGGGGAAUGAUGGCAGCAUCUUUACGAAUAUAAAAGUAUUUAUGUUAUCUGCUUGGUUGCUAAAGAAAAUAGACAAAAAUAACUCUUCACAAUGUUGGAGAAACUGUGGGAAUGAUGGAAAACUUAUGCACAUCUCUGGGAAUGCCCACAGAUUAAAAACUUUUGAUUAAAAGUAUUUCAGGAUAGGGAACAAAUUACAUUUCAAUCGAUUGCUUCAGAUCCCAAAUGACACCACAGUUGUAACUUGGAUAUUAAAUGCCUUGGUACUUGGACGUUUUGGCUCCCAAAAGCAGCAAACCCGGAAGUGAGUGUUCCGGUUAGUAAACAUUCUUUGGAACCAAAACGUCCGACGGGCCAUCUGCAGCUUCUGAUUGACUACAGAAUCUUCCUGCAGCCAAUCGAAAGCUGUGCUUUGGUUCAUGAACGUUUUGGAAGUCAAACGGACUUCUGGAACAGAUUCCGUUUGACUUCCAAGGUACAACUGUACUUUCAAUAUUUGUGGAUGAAGCACAUACAAUUUAAAAACAAGAAUACCACAUAUAUGGAAUCAAUUCAAAUCCAAGAGAGAUAACGACUGGGACAUUAGAAGAUUAUAUAUUAACAAGUAGUCUUAUUUUUAACAUGUGAUAAUAUGCUCUAAUUUUCCCCAUUUUAAAUUCCUUGAGGGAUUUUAUCCCACUGCUCGGUAAGUUGCUGGAUGAUUCUACUGAAUCUCGGAGACUCUGGGGUUGAUAGUCAGGAGUCUCAUCUUCUGCUGCUGUUCUGAGAGCUGCCAUACUGGGCUAAACCAAAUGUUCAUAACCUGCUGAAUGGGCUGGAGCUGAUGGAAGAUGUUAGACAAUCAUUCUGUAUGUGCUUUUACUGUAUGGUAAACCACUUCAGGAUGCCACAUGGAAAGCAAUUCAUAAAUGAAAUAAUAAAUAAUACUCACCCAAGACUGUCACAGCCACCCCCAGGAUGAUGAUCACAAAGCCUCCUGUCCACAGGGUGAUCUGGUACCAACAGGGAAGCCCAGAAGCAUCUGUGAGGAGAGGGAAAACUUGAAUGAUGCGAGUCCGCAGUGCCUAGACUAGAGUCUCCUGCAACUCAUUGCAGGGAUAUAAUGCUGGGUGAUUUGUUUUUGUUUUGUUUUUUGACACAAAAAAAUCCCUUCAGGAGACAACAGGCAAAUGGUAUUUGUUUAGUAAUGACCGCUCCCCACAUCAAGUGGGGGGCGCCUUUUGCGUGGUCGCACGCAGCCCCCCGGAUCCCAGUGUGGCUCCCGGUAGUACAGGCUGGCUUUGCCCUCCCCAGGCUGGAUACCUGGAGGUCUCUGCUACCUCAACCAAUCGUCCAAUCCCGCCUGGGGAGGCGCUGCCAGGGGAUUGGCCAGGUAGGGGGAGGGACCACCCUGCCCACACAACAGAAUCUUACCUGCAAAGCAUCAGUUGGCUCCAGAGCUUCUCCCACCCUGCCCUCCCUCAAUUAAGUCUUCUUUUGCAGGUUAACCUCUUCUCCACAGGUACGUGGGCACUGCUACAUCAUGAUCGCUGUUGAAGGGCCAGAAAAGAAUUUUCCUGCAUCGGCAGGUUUUGCCUUUCCCUUAGCAAAACAUCACAACUUUGGUGGUUUCAGGCCUUGGGCAGAAUCCUUUAGUCUGUCUUCCUAAAUGGGCGGGCGUGAAGCGGUGGACCCCCCCUUGCGGCUGUGAUCCCAGGGUUCCCCGUUAAAGGGGUCUUGAGGGGAGGCAUUGGCCAUACGCCGAGAGGUUGUCAUUGCUCUCCCCUGCGAUGGCGGCAAAACAGGGGGCAGGCUCUCUGCUUGAAUAAAUGUUCUCCAGAGCCAGCCCAAUCCCCACACAUUCUGGAUAACCCUGAUGUCUCCCAGAUCCCUGGCUGGGGACUGGGAAGGAUAUACGCCCAAUACCUGAGACAAGGUCCCCUACAUCUGAAACUUAAUAAAGUUGUGGCCAAUUUUAAUCCCAUAACACAUUGUCUUGAGUCAUUAUUCCACUCGGGGUCGCCUGGGGUUGGGGGCUCCACCUGUUCAUGCAAAUUGCCAAAAUUCAUUGUAUUAGGCUUGAAAAAAAUUGUGUGCUGGCUGCGCAAAACUGCAAACAAAAACGUGCAUAUUCAGAGAAAUGCACACUAAAAUGUUGAAUGUUCAGGAGGAGUUUAAAGGGGUGUGUGGAAGUGAUGUAGGAAUGUGGAGAUCUGCCAAGCUAAACUUGUCUAAUUUAGAAGUUCACAAAAGACAAAAAUAAGAUUGAGCUUUGAUGGAGCUUGCACGAUAAUGAGAAAAGGUGAUCUCCCACUCCACAUGCAAGAACUCAUGAGCAGUCUUUGAUACCAGUCUUCUGAUGAUCUGAAAAUCUCGUCACUGUUCUGGAUCUCCAGUUGUAACCCCUUGACUAUGUUCAGCUCACUGUCAUUGAUUUUGUGCUCCUCUUCCUAUCUGGCAUGAUUGAAAAUAUAUUGCCACGGGGGGCCACCAGGUGGCGCGUUGGAAGAUGGCCGACAAUAACAUCUCCCUGACCCAUACGAGGUACUAAGGGGCUGCUAUGGGAAGUAUGCAGCCUUCCUGAACUCCUCCAGGAUGUGGAGGAGAACUGUCCUGCCAGCGGUGUUCACAAUGCACCCCUGAAGCGAGUGAUGGGGGUGCCGAACACUUGGCACAGGCCCUCGGUGAAGUCAGAUCUUCCUGAAGCCGAUUCCAAUUAGCGCGUGCUGGUUGCUUCAGCUUGGAAUUAUAAUUGGAAACAUACGAUUGGAAACGAAGCUGAAAGCACAUACAUCAAGUAAAGCUCGAAGAUAAGACUGCUGAUUAAUGGAUCUCUGCGACCAGGAGUGACGGAUGGAUAAGUAAAUCUUCUGAUGAAUCACCAUAAGGAGACUGUAUGUUUGGAACGAAGGGGGGGGGGUGGAGGAAAAAACUCUUUUUUUCUUUGCAUGAUGUGACAUUAAUAAACCUUCACCCCAGAUAGAAACAAGAUUGUCGCGUUUCUAUGAAUCACAGGCAGGAUUUUAAGAACUAUGUGGGACGGAGUAUAAGGAAAGAAGACUGCAGAAUGGUGAGAAAAGAAGAAAAAUUUUAUGACGCAGUUAAAAAAUGGCAUCUCGCCAUGACAGGUUUGCCAAGGAAGAAGGACUGGGGGGAGAAUCAGGAGUGUUUGAAAGAGAAGGAAUGCUGGAAUGUAAGUUUGACCUGACAGAACCCCCAGACUCAUUUGUUAUUUGGUAAGCCUGAGAAAAAUAAAGGACAGAUCGGAGAUUAAUUUUGUUUAUGGAAGCGUUGUACAGAGGCUGUCCUGGAUCGAUAUGAUUUUUGGAAAAGUACAAAAUCCACAUAGAAUGCCAGCUGUUAACCUGCUUGUGAAAAUCAUCAGAGAUUGCAAAGAAAGGAAUUUAUGAUAACAACAAGAAGAGAAAAGAAGUAACAAAGGACUUUCCGGAUCAAACUGGAGAGAACCGUCUAAUUAAUGCAGUAAGAUAAGUGAUGCUGUUUUGGACUCGAGCGGAGCUUGAUGUAUGGGUACCCCCAACAAAAUUUAAAAAUUGGCUGUAUAAUUUGGAAUCAAUGUGAUAAUGUGAUGUGAUUGGCCUGUUAAUAAUUUUUUUUUUUUAAAGAAAAUAUAUUGCCACUUUCUGGUGUCUGUUAUGUUUUUAAUGCAGAUUUCCUCCACUGCUGAUGUGACUGUCAGCUGUCAGCAGCAUGCUUUGUCAAAAUCAGGGAAGAGAAAUACAGCGAAGAAGAGAGGAAGGAAACCAUCUUUUAUGUCUGGUGUUUUCAUAGAAUCAUAGAGUUGGAAGAGACCACAAGGGCCAUCGAGUCCAACCCCCUGCCAAGCAGGAAACACCAUCAGAGCACUCCUGACAUAUGGUUGUCAAGCCUCUGCUUAAAGACCUCCAAAGAAGGAGACGCCACCACACUCCUUGGCAGCAAAUUCCACUGUUUUGUAUUAGUUUGAAUUUUAAAAAUGUUCAGAUUCUUAAGAAAACAUUCAUCCACUAAUAGGAAGCAGGUUGAAAUACUUUGCUAUUUUUAUUUAGAGGAAAAAGUGGAUGUGCUGCAUUGAUUUUUCUGCAGAAGAAUUAUAGCAUAGUAGCAUCAGAGGGGACCAAUCUAUGCAGAAUAGUCCAAUCUAUGCAGUUCUAGCAUACAGGAAUCAAACCUGCAACCUAGGCAGUAUAUGAACCAUGUUCUAACCAACUAGGCUAUAUAUUCACAGAAAAUGUACCCUCACAUCCAAAGUGGUUGAAAAAAUCAUGGUUAUUAACAGACGUAUCUGGCAAUCGGUGAGCAUGGGAAUAUUUAUAUGCAUUCACUAACUGAUGUAAUUUCAGUACCCCGUGGCAAGAUGUCUUGAAGCUGAUAGCUAUGGAAAUUUUGUUCCAAUUCUGCAAUCUGUAUUUGCCGCAUAAAACGUGCUCCCCCCUUUUUGGGGUUUUGUUUUGUUUUGUGUGUUUUUUUGGACAUGUUUGUAGUUUUAAGUUGAUAUUAGCGCCAUUAAAACACACAAUAAAACAAUUGCUUCAAGACAUAAGCAUGCCCAAUGAAAACAUGCAACAAAAAUUCCUUUAAAACAUGGCAGUAAUUAAUCAUGAGAUUUAUGCUGAGAAAUCUGUGUAAACAGGGGCAUCUUCAAAAGCCCACAGAAUGCCAAUAGAGAUGAAUAUGCUUGUGUUUCAUCAUGGAGUGCCUUCCAUAUCGCUAGUGCUAUCGGUGAAAGGAGCCCACCUCCCACAAGCCAAGAAUCAGGAAGGUGUGGCAAGACUAAUUGGGCUUCAUUGGUUGUUUUAAUGCCCUUACCUGACAACGAAAGCGAAGUUGUUCUUUUAGGAAAUCUGGUCCAGAGCUGUUUAGGGGUUUAUACCUAAGUAACGGCGUUUCCGUGUGCUGCUCUGGUUUGCCAGAAGCGGCUUAGUCAUGCUGGCCACAUGACCCGGAAGCUGUAUGCCGGCUCCCUCGGCCAAUAAAGCGAGAUGAGCGCCGCAACCCCAGAGUCGGCUAUGACUGGACUUAAUGGUCAGGGGUCCCUUUACCUUUUACGUAAGUAACAAGACCUCAAAAAUCCAGCUUGAUGUCUAAUGGGCAGCCAGUGCAAAUCCCUUACUACAGGCAUGAGAUGUGCCUGGUAAGACAGACAUGGUCCAAAUGGAAGUUACUCUGCCCAUUCAAUAAAUCCGCUCCACUUCCCAGUGGGGAGGAGUUGUGAUGGACCACGUGGCCACCCUCUCCCCUCCAUGGGCGGGGGAUGAAGUCCCACGUCCCCCGGAGGUUCCCAGCCAUGUCAUUCACCUGCCAGCCAAUCCGCUGGCUUUGGGGGCGUAGCUGGGCCCCAUUUAAACUGAGGCAUGAGCCGGAGAGAUUCCUCUUGGCUCACUUCCUCAAUCUCCCUCCCUUCCCCCCUAUUUUCAGGUUUCGAAUUUGGCCUUGCUAUGGACCUCGGUCUGUAUAGUCAAAGUUAUGGUUUUCCCAGCAGUGAUGUAUGGAAGUGAAAGCUGGACCAUAAAGAAGGCUGAUCGCCGAAGAAUUGAUGCUUUUGAAUUAUGGUGCUGGAGGAGACUCUUGAGAGUCCCAUGGACUGCAAGAAGAUCAAACGUAUCCAUUCUUAAGGAAAUCAGCCCUGAGUGCUCACUGGAAGGACAGAUCCUGAAGCUGAGGCUCCAAUACUUUGGCCACCUCAUGAGAAGACAAGACUCCCUGGAAAAGACCCUGAUGCUGGGAAAGAUUGAGGGCACAAGGAGAAGGGGAUGACAGAGGACGAGAUGGUUGGACAAUGUUCUCGAAGCUACCAUCAUGAGUUUGACCAAACUGCGGGAGGCAGUGGAAGACAGGCGUGCCUGGUGUGCUCUGGUCCAUGGGGUCACGAAGAGUCGGACACAACUAAACGACUAAACAACAACAACAACAUGGACCUCGGUUAGUCUCCAUUGAGGGGCCUGGUAGGAGUUUUUCCACUUGGCAAAUUGGCAUGGGCCAUUUGGUUUUUGCCUACCUCGUAGCAAUUGUCACAACUUUGUAAGGUUUGGCGGUUAGGCAUUGGUUGAUCUUAUGACGGGGGAGGUGAGGUGUGGCCAUCAUCUGCCACUCCAAGUUUAAGGGUAUUCCGUUAAAGGAAUCCGGGGGUGUGGCUCUUGUCUGAAGUCCAGGGCUGGGCUAGGGCCAUGCCAUGACCCCGUUGGGAAUCCAGGGGGAGCUCGAGUUGGUUUGCAUUGACAGGGCUCCCCCUACCGGUGGUUGACCCUUACCAGACUCCCUGCAUAACAGGCAGGAGUCAGAUAUAGUCGGGUCAAUUCCAUUGCCUAAGCCAAUACCGCUCACAUUCUGUAACCAAUAAAGUUGUGGCCUAAAUUUGCCCAGUAAGCUUAACCUAAUAUUUGUGUCCUUGUGUCUUAUUCAUCAACGAGGGGUGGUCUCGGGUCUCGACACGCAAUUUAGUUGCCUAACAAUAUUGCUCAAUAACCUGGCAAAAAGAAAUGGAGCGCCAGAUGCUAAAAAAUGAGGCAUUCUCUUUAACCAGGAAGUGGACCUGAUGUGGAAAGAAGUUCUGCAGCAAAACUUUGGCCGUUGCAUUUGAAAAUGUGUCCUGGGCUGCAGUGAAAGAAAUGAGUCACCAACCUUUGUUGGGCAGGCACAGUGGGGAACAGGUGUUAGCAGAGAAAAGGACAGGCAGGCGCUGUAGUUUUCACCAUGAGUCGCCUCCGUGGCUCAGUAGGUGCGUAGGAAAAGGAUGUGGCUGGAGCAGGUGGUCAGGCAACAGGCUCACACCUUUAAACUUGGCCAGGACAUUGGGUGCAGCAUCUACAGAAGCGUUUUUUCUUCGCUAGGCUGGGGGAAGGAGUGUGAAAUGUUGCAGAAGCAGCAGCAAGCAAAGACCCAUCUAUGUACACGCUUCAUGCUACAUGCAUGCUUGGAAUUUGAAUAAAAGCAUAUUAUAACAUCUUAUGUCAAUGUCUUGUGGUUGUUGUUUUAGUGUUCAUACUAUUAACUUGUAAGAUAUGGAUUUGUGUUUUUGUUUUGUUUUGUGUUUGUUGUUGUUGCUUUUUUCAGUUUUCGAAUGUUGAUAUUUAUGUGUUGUGUAUUGCUAUUUUCUGAUAUCUUUCAUGUUGUUGUUGUUGUUGUGUGGAAAAUACUAAUAAAAUUUAUUUUUUUAAAAAAGAAUUUGAAUAAAAGCAUAUUAUAACAUCUUAUUUCCCAAGCUAACUAGCAUAUCUAAUUUUAUUUGCAUUGUCCUCAAUUCUGCAUCCUUUAAAAAUAAUAAUCUUACUUAUACUUUUCAUUUAUAUACGUUACAGUAGUUCAACAAUAAUUCUAACAUAUCAAACCUCGGUUCUCUUCCCCCCUCUUUCUGCAGUUCUGUACAUUUAUUUUCAUCAUUUCCUGCAUACUCCAAAUUAUCUUCACUUAUUCUUUUAUGCUCAUAUCUCUCUCUCUCACACACAUAUAUAUUUAAAAAAACAACUGCAGGGAUUUACAAUAAUCCUGCUCAUGUCUUAAUGUCUCUUUACAAUUUAUUUGUAAAUAUUCACUGAACCAUUUCCAUUCCUUUCUUAAAAUCUUUAAGAUAACACAUUUGUAAAAAACAACAACCCAGAAGCUUUUCUUUUGAGAAUUAUAGGAUUAGAACUACCUAAAUAGUAUAGAAAUUUAUUUAUGUAUGCAACUACAGCUGCAAGAACGUUAUUUGCUCUCAGAUGAAAAGAAGUCCAGAAGAGAGAAAACUGGUUACAGAAAUUAAUGGACUAUACAGAAAUGGCAAAACUCACCAGAAUAAUAAGAAAUCAAGACAACAAACUUGUUAUAAAAGAACAAAUGACAUCCUUGCUCCUGUUUCUGCCUUUUUGUUAUUUGGGGGGGGGGGGGGAUACAAAAUAACAAACACCACAUGGAAGGAAAUUGUGCUGAGAAUCAUAGAGGUAUUACUGGGUACAUAAAUGCACUUGUUGAUGAUCAGAAAUAACUCCAGGUUUCUUUACAAUGAAUAAAUUGAAUACUGGAACAUUUCUGCUCUCAUCAUGUUUAAAAACAUGCAGCCAGAUCUUGAUUUCAUUUUUAUGUGAACUUCAAAGGACAACUCCCUCUCCCUUUACCUAUUCAGAGACCCUUCACACUUGUGUAGCACUGAUCAUUUUAAAAGUCAACUUUAACUUUGAGAAUUGCUUGCAAGCAUUUAUUUAUUUUUAAUGAAAAUUCAUCCGCAUUUACUUCAGAUUUCUCCCACAUUUUUAUAUGCAGUUUUCAUGUAUACACAUUUUUGCUAGCGAUUUCCUCUGAAUUUUUGUAUAUUAUUUAAAUGAUGGUAUACAAAUUUAAAUUUCAUAUAUUAUUUAUAGACACCAGUAUAUGCAUAUUUGUGCAAAUUUUGUAGCUGAAGAACUGCAUUGCAAAAUUCAAACACAAGUGCGAAUUUUGAAAGACAGUUUUGUUUUGUUUCGAAUAGUGCAAUUUGGGUAGUUUCUCAUGAAAAUGCAAACAAAAUGGAAAUUCUUCCCCAUCCCUAGGUGCCAUGCACCCUUCUGUAUUUCCGUCUCGUUAUUCAAACAAAAAUACUGCUUAUAAGGGUACCAACGAAUUUUCUACAAAUAGGAUAAAUCUAAAGGAAAAGGAAAAUCAUGUCCGUCUGUCAACUGAUACAUUACAGUGGAAUCAGACAAAAACUGGAAGAUACGAAGGAGUCUGAACUGAGUACCUUUUUUCUGAGCCCCAGAGGCAGUUCCUGAUGCAGCCCUCCUAGACUGGAAGUUCAAAGCAGUAUAACCAUCUUCGCCCUCCAUUGGCAAGCAGAGGCUGCAGAGAAGCCUCUCAGAGAGCAGGGCUGUCGAAGGAGCACUGGAGGUUUGCUGCUAUAGCCUGAGUUGAUGGCCAAAGAUCUCUUUCCGGAGCAGCUCUUCUCUUCAACCACAAUACCAGUCACACAUUCGCAGCCUUAUUAGGUGGUUAGGGCAGGGGGUGGAGGGCAGGGUUGCUGUUCUUGUUGUAAAAAAUGUUUUUGUGAGUUGCUCAGUUUGUAUUGUUCAGCUUCUGGUUUGGAGUUUGGCUUUUGGAACCCUCCAAUUAUGGAUUAUAGCUAAACCAUCUAGAGAUGUGACUGAGGCUUCCAUGAAUGAGGCUGGAUAGCUCAGUUGGUUAGAGCGUGGUGCUCAUAGUGCCAAGGUUGCAGGUUCAAUCCCCGUAUGCGACAGCUGCAUAUUCCUGCAUUGAAGGGGGUUGGACUAGAUGAUCCUUCAGGUCCUUCAAGCUCUUCAAUUUGAUGAUUCUAUUAGUGGGGAGGAGCAAAGCUAAAAGGUAAAGGACCCCUGGACGGUUAAGUCCAGUCAAAGGCGACUAUGGGGUUGCGGCAGUCAUCUUGCUUCCAGGCCAAGGGAGAUGGCGUUUGUCCACAGACAGCUUUUCUAGGUCUUGUGGCCAGCAGGACUAAACAGCUUCUGGCGCAACGAGACAGCAUGUCGGAAACCAGAGCACACGGAAACACCGUUUACCUUCCUGCUGCAGCAGUACCUAUUUAUCUACCCAUGCUGGUGUGCUUUCAAACUGCUAGGUUGGCAGGAGCUGAGAUGGAGCGACAGGAGCUCACUCUAUCAUGGGGAUUCGUUCCCAUAGCAGCGGGGGACUCAAUUUACAAAUGGAACACACUUGACCAGAAGCGGAACAUGUUCCACUUCCAAAGGCAAAGUUCCCAAACCAAAACACCUACUUCCGGGUUUGCAGUGUUCUUAAUCCAAGUUGUUCAUAAAUGAAGUUGUUAUUGAACCAAGGUACCACUGUAUUGGGACGCGGGUGGCACUGUGGGUUAAACCACAGAGCCUAGGACUUGCCGAUCAGAAGGUUGGCGGUUCGAAUCCCCGCGACGGGGUGAGCUCCCAUUGCUCGGUCCCAGCUCCUGCCAACCUAGCAGUUCGAAAGCACGUCAAAGUGCAAAUAGAUAAAUAGGUACCACUCCAGCGAGAAGGUAAACGGUGUUUCCGUGCGCUGCUCUGGUUCACCAGAAGCGGCUUAAUCAUGCUGGCCACAUGACCCGGAAGCUGUGUAUGCCGGCUCCCUCGGCCAAUAAAGCGAGAUGAGCACCGCAACCCCAGAGUCGGCCACAACUGGACCUAAUGGUCAGGGGUCCCUUUACCUUUACCACUGUAUUAUUAUGCAUGUGUAUUAGUCUACAGUGAAGAAGCAUCAAAACCCUACUCAGACAUUAAAUUUUUAGGUGCUCGAGGGACAAGGCUGGCCAACCCAUGGGACAAGGUGAAGCGAUUGCCUCAGGCAGCAAGAUCCACAAUGGCAGCAGAUCCUAAUGUAGAUAUUAUUCCCACCUUGUUCCUGAUGUGGCUCCUCCCUAACCCUUUCUUCCCUGGAAGACAGGGGAGACCACAAUGUGCUUCACUUCAGGUGCCACAAUGUCGUGGGCUGGCCCUGCUCAGGGAUGCAGCUAUACUACAUUCUGAAAGAUUUUUGUAACCACUGUGUGGAUGGUGUCAUAUAGUUUUAGUCACUAGGUGGCACUGGACAUCAUUGUAUUUGGGUAAAACCCGGGAGAUUCUUGUUCUGCAUUUAUUGACAAGAGAUAAUAAUUCUUGUCUUCCAAACCAAUGUGUCCACUAAACUGAAAUUUUUUUAAAAGAAGCUUUCACCAAAAAUUCACAAAUAUAAAACAGGGACAGUGUUGUUGUUUUCUUAGAAAAACAAGAAAGAGGGAUUUUAAAAAUAGGGAUUGUCAAUUACUUUUGCCAAGUGCCAUUACAGAAAUCAGGGGGUCUUCCCUCCCCCCUUGACAUGAUUCUUCCUUCCCUGUUGCCUUAUUCUGUUUUCUUUUAAUUACUCUUGUUAUUAAAGUUUGCUACUUCCAAUGGAAAGGGGGAGGGGGAAGGUGGUCAGGAAAUUCUUUUUUUUUUUAUAAGAUAUUUAUUAAGAUUUUUUGAAAUAUUACAGUGAGAAAAAAAAGAGAAAAAUACAAAACAAAAACAGUUAAAAACACACAUAUUUUCCAUAACUUAUUUUCCUUUAGCUUGUUUCCCGGACCUCCUCAUACCUCCCUUUUUUGUAUUCCACUUCAAUUUAUUGGUUCAGCAAAUCCUUACCAUUAGAUUUUUACCCAUUUAUAACCCUUUUUUCAUAUUCUCUUAGAGCAUUACAGCUGGAAACCGCUUAAUUUCUAUCCAACAUCAAUCUAUCAUUCAUUAAUUUUACAAUAUUUCUGUAGAUAGUCUUUAAAUUUCUUCCAAUCUUCUUCCACCGACUCUUCUCCCUGGUCUCGGAUUCUGCCAGUCAUUUCUGCCAAUUCCAUAUAGUCCAUCACCUUCAUCUGCCAUUCUUCCAAAGUGGGUAGAUCUUGUGUCUUCCAAUACUUUGCAAUGAGUAUUCUUGCUGCUGUUGUAGCAUACAUAAAAAAAGUUAAGUCCUUCUUUGGCACCAAUUGGCUGACAAUGCCCAGAAGAAAGGCCUCUGGUUUCUUCAAGAAGGUAUAUUUAAAUACCUUUUUCAGUUCAUUAUAUAUCAUUUCCCAGAAAGCCUUAAUCUUUGGGCACGUCCACCAAAGGUGAAAGAAUGUACCUUCAGUUUCUUUACAUUUCCAGCAUUUAUUAUCGGGCAAAUGAUAGAUUUUUGCAAGCUUGACUGGGGUCAUGUACCACCUGUAUAUCAUUUUCAUAAUAUUCUUUCUUAAGGCAUUACAUGCCGUAAACUUCAUACCUGUGGUCCAUAACUGUUCCCAGUCAGCAAACAUAAUAUUAUGUCCAACAUCUUGUGCCCAUUUAAUCAUAGCAGAUUUCACCGUUUCAUGGUGGUCAGGAAAUUCAAUGUGUUUCCUGCUUUGAAUCUGCAGCCUCAAGAUAAGAUAAACACAGCUUUAGCAAAGGACAAAAUGACGCCCCUCUUUUCAUUAAAUCUUUCUUAAGAAUUUUUUUUUUAAAAGUCCUGCUGGAUCAGGCCAAUAAUAGCUCAUUUAGUCCAGCACCCUGUUCUCACAGUGGCCAACUGGAUUCCUCUGGCAAGCCUUGUGAUUUCCAGAAACUGGCAUUCAGAGACUGCAGUGGAAACUGAACACAGCCAUAUAAGAUUCAGGUAGGUAGCCAUGCUGGUCUGACGCUGACGAAAUAAAUAAAUAAAAACAUGAAAAUGGUCCAGUAGCAAAAAAGCAGAGAGAGAAAAAGAAUUUCUAUGCGAUUUUUGCAUAGCGUUAUUUUCUUUUGAAGAAAAGGCAAGUAAGAAUAGACAUAAGAGGUGUUUAUAAAAUUACAGUCUUUGUGCCAAGCCAGAGGGGAAGGCAGGAGAGAGAAGAAUGAAAGGAGAGGUGAGGAGGGAACUUUUAGUUCUGACUUGCCCAGUUGGCUUCCUGAACAGCAGUUCCAGAAAAUAGGUUUUAGAAGCAGCUGCUGACAUAGGUCUGUUUAAAUAAGUUUGGCGCCAGCGAAAAGCAUUGUGGUGUAGAUAAGCCUACAAGUUGCAUAGAAAGUUGAGGUAAUUAUAAUCUGCUUUAAUAUUUUUACUUUUGUAUGUUUUAAAUUAGGGUUGUGUUUUUUCUCAAUUUUAUUUUUUUAUCUUUUUGUAAAUCGCUCUGAGGUUUUUCACAAUCAGUUGUUGUACGAAUUAUAUGAUUCCCAGGUUGGGGAAGGCAGAGACUCUCCUGUGCAUGAGUAGGUUAGGUUUGUUAAUUUCAAAAAAUAAUGAAUUCUUAUUGCUUUCUGCUACUUAACCAUUUUUUAUGGAGCAGAUUUUGGGCACCUAAACGCUUGCCAUCUUUUGUGAGACCUUGCAUUGGCUGCCUCCAAAAUAUCAAGAUCUUUCAUUACUUUUUAAAUCUCAUUGUCUUUUGCAUUCCUCCCUCAAGAGGCUCCAUAAAAUUAUAGAAACCAAUGCUCUUUUCAACUUUCCGCAGGCAUUUUCCUGCCACUAUAACACUUUUUAAUUUUCUUUUACUAAAAUACCUACCUUGCUUCAAGCAAGCUUGUCACUUGUUAGUCUCAAACUCAGCAAUCGCCAAGUUGCCAGCAGCUGUUUCUCCUUCUGCACAUUGAGGGUGAUCACAUUCCCCACUGGGAGGUUCUGCCCUUUGUUUGAGUGAGGAAGCGGGGGAGGGGGAGGAAGAGGAGAUGAUCGCUUUGAAAGUUUCUGUUUUGCUUCUUGUGGGCUUGGUAGGCAGCAGAUACUUGUUCCUGCAUUGCAGAACCUGGCGCUGGAUUGAUUCUGCCAGAAGGUAAAAAGAAUUCUAUAAUAUAUUGGAGGAGGGAGAAAUAUUGGGAGGGGCAGGAAACGGAGAUGGGGAGGGAGACUGGGGAAAGGAGAAGUAGAGGAGGAAGGGGGAGAGGGUUUGGGGCUGAAGAAAAAACAUUUCUAAAAUAAUAUAAGCAGUGCUCUUUUUCUAAAAAAGUAUUUAGGGGUACUCUCAUUUUUACUCAAGAAAAUCACCAAUUUGUAGUUGAAACUGGGAAAAAUAAAUACAGUAACUGGACAGGACAGAGAUGACUUGUUCCAAAAGGUGGCUUUUUUAAAAAAAAAAAAAAAAAACCCAGAGGGGAAAACACAAAUCCUCAGACCAAAAUUUGUGGUUCUGCCAAAAUAGAAAAAAAUCUACAAUGUAUGGGGGACGGGAUAUGGGGAAGGGGAGGAAAGGGAGAGGGUGAGAUGGGGAGAGGGAGAAAGGAGGAGGGGAGGAGGAAGAGUUGAUGGCUGAAGAAAAAACAUUUCUACAAUAAUAUAAGGACGGCUUUGUUUGAUUGGGGAGACUCCUAGAAUCCCUUUGGGGGUCGUGAGGGAGGGGAGGGGGAGAAUGUUCCCUUGUGCUGACAGAAGGUUCUCUUGGCACUGCUAGGAAUACCACCCAAAGUUCUCACCCCCUCAUUCAAUAUAGUGGGGAAUAAAAAAAUGGCUAUACUGUUGUUCAGGCUUCAGAGAAAAGUGGAAGAAAUUUGCAGAAAUAUGAGCCUCUCUGGAUUAAGCCUGCCAAAUUUUAGGCAGAUCCGUUCGCAGGUUUUUGUGCCGGACACCUUUAUUAAAGUGGGUCAGACCUCACUAUUAAGUUGUGGGUGGACAUAGCAGACGACACAGAGAUUUCUCCAAGUGGUUCUUUAUACAGUAUUAAGCUGGAACUGAAUUGAACUCAAACAGCUCAGCCGUCCUGCUUUUAUAGGCAGCCAGCUGUCAACAACACCCCAGGGUUUGCCGCCUAAAUUAACUGAAGUGGACCUGAGUGAAAACUAUAUACAUAAUGCCCCCUGGUGGCCAGGGUGAGAACUUCAAUACAUAACACUCACCUGGAGCACUGUGUCCAUUUCUGGGCACCACCAUUUAAGGAGGAUGUUGACAAAAUAGAACGUGUGCAAAGGAGAGAGGACUGGCGGAGGAAGAGGGGUGCGGGUGGAGCGCAUUGCCCCCGCCACGCCACGCCGCCGGGACGCGCACCAGCCCCACCCCCGCCUGCUCUCUGUCCCCUGGUGCCGCUCUGCCACUGGGAGACCCUUUUUCAUAAGGCUUGGAAACCAAGGUAAAGAGGCGGAGGAGCUGGCUAUGUCUAGCCUGGGAAAGAGGAGACUGAGGGGAGUCAAUGCCAGGCCAGUGGGUGGUCCUGUAUUUGCAUAGUAGCUUCCCAAUUAGAUAUUGUUGUAAGUUUAGCGGAGGAGAUGGGGGGGGUAGGCUGCAUGCCUGAGACCCUGCUAAUUCCUAGAUCCAGCAAGGGCUAAAAUCUUGGUAAUGGCCCCUUAAGUAUGGGUCAGGAGCGUGGUGGAGUCAAGCGAGGAAGGAGAUGGAAGAAAGACAGGCUCUGACUCUGAAUCUGACCGGCUGCAGGAGGAAGCAGAUCCAGCCCCCCCCUUUCCUACCAAGAUAUUGGUUUACUGAGACAGUUAGAGCAAGCACAGGAAAUUUCCAAGAAGGGGACGUAGAUGCUAGGCAACCAGAUAGGCAGAGGAUUGACAACAGUUCUCAGGAAACCGUAGAAUUUCCCGACCCUCAAUCCCAAAGAGCUGAAAUGGUGAGAUUGCAAAGGAAGUGGAAAAGGGGAAAACAGGUUUUCCUUUUGUGACUACAGUGAUGACUCCGCGUAACCAACUGUGUCCAUUUCCACACACUGCAGUUUAAGAAGGAUCUUGACAGACAGGAACGUGUGCAGAGGAGAGCGACAUUUCCUCAUAAAGGCUUCAUGAGGAGGAGGAGCUGGGUAGGAGGAGAUUGGGGAGAAAUAUAAUAGCCAUCUUCAACUAUCUCAAGGGCUCCUUCCUUUCACUUGUCUCAAUGCUUUCAUUUCAUCAAGUAAAUGUAGAAAUAUUACUGUAAUCAUUUAGACUAAAAAGAAGCAAUAUUUCAUAUAUGAAUUUUCCAGCUCUGUAAAUUAAUAUAUGUAAGACCACCUUUAGGGCUUUUGUGGGGGGGGGGAUAUACUGGUAUGGAAGCAAAACUGCACCUUUUAAAGACUUCAAGAAGAUAUGAUUUAUUUCUCUGCUCUGUAAUUUUGUCUCCACAGAGGAAUCUUGGGACGUUGAUGCUAUGGCGAAAACUGAUGUUAUGAUGAAUUUUUUUCUGGCAAAAGCACAGAACUGAUGCUUCAGACUCUGAAGAGGCUUUCGUUUUAUUAGGAAUAAAAGGAGUCAUGAAGACAAAACAGGGAAGUGGAAAACAUAUUAAGUACAGCUUGGCUGGACAAAGUAUCCGAUUAAAGCACACAAUUAAGUGGUAUUUAAAAAGGGUGUUUUCUCACCACAUCACCUAGCCAUACUGUGCUUGAAUCUGCAACCCAGUGAUCUGCUUUCAACAUAUCUCAAGAAACUGCAAAACUCUGUGUAACUAGAGCUGAGGAGCAUUUACUGUAAUGUCUCCUUUCUCCUGGGAGAAAGAAAAUAUGGGUUUCUCUGAAAUGGAAAAGACACAGCAAAGACUCCCCAUGAAUCCAGAUGCAGCAGAGAAUGGGGAAUGUAGUGGAAUCACAAGUAAUGGAAGCACCAAACAAGCAAGAGAAGCCUUCUUUUUUGAAUCAGGGCCAUUUUCCAUACGGUAAGUGAGUUCUGAUGAGAAAGGCAUGAGUUUGUCAAAAAAGGUAUGGAUUUGAUGCUGGGAUGAGAUCUGCAGAAUGCAGACCAACUAAUCAAAUUCAUGGAGACGCUAAUUUAUUCAGGCAAUUAAAAGCCAUUGGGAAAGGAUGGGUACAUAGACACUUGUGUGAAAAUUGAGGAAGGCUUCUCAGACUCUUCUUACUUCCUCUCUCAGAUGGAACUAUCCUUCCUCACGCAGGCAUGCAUCAGGAGAAGGGUGUGAGGCUGCCCUUGAGGAGAGAGAUUCCUGGCUGUUCUUCCACUUCCCCUUCCAUGUACACCAAGAAUGGAGAGCUUGUCUCUCGCCAGAUGUUGCUGGAUUCCAACUUCCUCCCAUCACUCCCUGCCAGCAUGGCCAGUGUAGACCAAAAACAUCUGGAGGAUCACAAGGUCCCCAUUCCUGCUGCACACAGACCUAGAGAGUCUCAGAUAAGCGAAGAGACCAGGAAUCUGCAAGUGCAGGCGCAUGGUCCACAGCAUUGACUAGCACAGCGGCACUUUAAUGCGUUGUUGUUGUUGUAUGAUGCCCAUCUGAUUGGGUUGAAUGGUAUACAUUACAGUAGACCAUCCUGAAAUUUAUAUUUUAGUGGGUGAUUUAUAAUUUUUUUAAAAAUAAAUAAAUAAAAUUUUCAGCAAAUUGAGAAGCAAACGAUACUGUGCAAAUCCCCUGGCUUCACAACUUUGCGUUAUGCAACACUAUUUCAGAACUUAUCGUUCAAAGCAUAUUGGUUCCUCCUUCUUCCAGCAACCCAAUCUGACGAACCAAGUAUUGCCAUGUUUACAUGCUGGUGACAUGGCAUUAACUGAAAAAAAUUUAUCUGCUGAAAGCAGACACUCAGAGCUGCAUAUUGCUGAUGAACCACUUUGCUGGCUAGUCCUUACAUUUGGAUCUGGUUUUCUUUAACUGUCAGUUAUGCCAUCCUUGCCAUAUAAUUAAUAUAGCAACCUUAGUACAUCUGCUAAUCCUGGUUCGUGAACUACAAACUGCUAUUUUGACUUAUUUGGGUGAGGCAAGCUUGAAAAUUCACUAUCCUGUAUUGAAUGAAUAAAGCUUCUUUUAGCACAGGAAAAUGUUCUUUGGUUCAUUGGGAAAUAUUGGAAGACACAAGAAUUGCCUACCCGAGAAGAAUGGCAGAGAAAAGUGAUAGACUAUAUGGAACUGGCUGAGAUGACCGGAAGAAUCCGAGAUCAAGAAGAAGGGUUGAUGGAAGAAGACUGGAAAAAGUUUAAAACAUAUCUACAGAAUCACUGUAACAUAAAAGAAUGUUAGGAAAGGUUGGAGAAGAAAUAUUAGACCGUAUUGGCAGACAGAGUAUAAUGGAAUUAAGUAAAUAUGAAGUGUAAACUAAAGGAUAGAGGAGAAUUAAAUAUUUUUGAAUGUUAAAAUGUUAAAAUAAGUGAAUGAAAAGAAGGCUAGAAGGAUUUGCUGGAGAUACAAUUUGAAUUAGAAUACAAAGCAGAGAAGUGAGAGGAAGUCACGGAAAUAAGUAAAUGGGAACACGGUUUGUUUAAUUUGAAUUCUUCUUUUGUUAUUUUUUAUUGUGACUUUUUGUCUUGUGUAUUUUUUUCUUUUCUUUUUUUUCUUGCAUGGUGUGUUUCUUUUGUAAGAUGUAUGUGAUUGGUUUUACUUGCUUUAUCUUUCUUUUUUUUGUAAUCUUAAAAUUUGAAUAAAUAUUCUUAAAAAAAAAAAAGGAAAAUGUUCUUUGGUUGAGCACUUCAUUUUAAUGCAUUUUGUUUUGCACAUUAAUGGAUCUACCCGUGAUGUGUUGGAACCAACCCUAUGUUAUACAGAAAUGUGCAAGAGCUCAAACAGUAUCCCCUUAAUGGUUUGUUUUACAAUCAAGAUUAAAAUGGUUUCAGGUUAUUCGCUUGAGGUUGCUGCACUAGCCUGAGAUGUGUGAACACAAUAUCCCAUUCUGUUUCUACAUAGGACAGAGAUCUCCUGUCACUUCCAUGCUGCCAGCAAAAAAAACUUUCAACUUCUGUUUUGAGGGCAAUUCAGAUGCUCUAAAAGGGAUGGGUAACUGUGACCUUUGAGGUGUUGUUGGACUACAAUUCCCAUUACCUGUGACCCCUGGCAAUGAUGACUGGGGCUGAUGGGAGUCCAGCAACAUCUGGGGGGCUGCAGGUUACUCACCCCUGCUCCAAAGCCCUGUGUACACAGUUAUAAUAUAGCAGUAUAUGGCACUGCAGCUCCCUUGACUGGCGCUGUUUUCUGGUAACAAUCUUGGCAGCCAGGGGAUUUAACAAGGCUGCCACUAUUAGGCAAUUUACACUGACAAGCAUAACUUCUGGAAGUCCAGCUUAACAGGACAGAUGUUACAACAGCUGCAUUGCCAGGAGAUAGGCUGCUUACCUGUUCUGGAUGGGAUUACAAUCCCUCUAAAAGUGCAAGUGCUCAGUUUAUACUAACAGUUACAUUUCAAAUUUCCCUGCUUGCACAUGCGUACAUACAUUGGCUAACUGUUAAUGAUUCACACGACGGGUUGUGUUUCCUCUGUCUUCUGGCAUUGCCCGUGUGGCAUUUGGCAUGUAUCACAUUCCAUUCAGUUCUUGCAGUCCCUUCAACUUUUGCUCUUAAAAACAAACUGGAUUACUACAGUGCUCUGUGUGGGGCUGCCCUCCAGCCCAGCUGUGAAGCUCCAGAUUUUGUAGAAUGCCUAGACCUCUGAUGGAGGCAGAUGGUUGACAGUACGUGGCAGCUCUGCUAAAAUGUUUGCAGCGGAUGCACAAACUUGGCCCUCCAGCUGGAUUGGGACCACAGUCCCCAUCAUCCCUGACCACUGGUCCUGUUAGCUAGGCAUGAUGGGAGUUGUAGUCCCAAAACAGCUGGAGGGCUGAGAUUGCCUAUGCCUGGUCCACAUAUACAAAGACCAGAAGAACUUUGGUCCAGGAUACCUUAAGGGCCACCUGAGCCCUUAUAUCCCAGCUUCAUCAUUAGGAUCAUCCACAGGAGCACAUCUGGUUGUCUCCGUGUCUCAGAAGCCCAAGUGACCUCAGCUAGAAGUUGGGCAUUUAGCGCCACCAGUUCAAUCUGUGAAAGGCUCUUCCAGCAGAGACACAUCAGGCAUCUUCACCUCUGACUUCCAGGUAUCUCUUGAAGACCUCUUCGUAUGCCAGCAAGCCUAUACAGCUGUUUAAAAUGUUGAUUUUCCAGUUAUAUUAAUUUUUCAUUUUUCUUUUUUUCCGUAUUUCUACUGGGUUUUUUGUUUUAUUGUAUACCUUAUUGGCCCAAAUAUAAGCUGUACCUGAAUAUAAGCCACACCUUUAAAAUUAAAGGGGGGGAGAGAAAAUGCUCGCUCCAAGCCCAUUUUUGUAAGGUCGCGAAUAUAAGCUGCACUUUAACAUUUCACGGUCAGAAUUUGGAAAAAAAAGAGAGGCUUAUAUUCAGGCCUAUACGGUAAACAUUAUUGUGCAUUACCUUGAUAGUUUAGGAGAUGGUGGCAUGUGAAUACUUUUUAAUAAAAUAAAUAACUGGUGACUCACCAGUCAUGCGCAGAGGCCUAUCAGUUGGCUGACUUUGUGGUGGGAGGCACCAAACCAAUGAGCUUCAUGAUGCCACAGGUGAACUUGGUUCAUCUCAUACCCUUCAAACAUCCCACUGACCAAAAUUGGGACGUUUCUUUUUUUGGUCCCCAGCUGACUUGCACUACAAGUCAGACUCAGACCAAAAAAUGGGACAUUCCGGGAUGCAAUCAGGAGCCAGGAUUGGCGUCUGUAAUUCCAGGAUGUCCCGCAUAAAUCAGGACUGUUGAGUGGUAUGACAUCUUGGUGUGAUGCAACCUUGAACUCACACCUUCAAUGUGGGUGGACGACCCAAGCCUGGGUAGACUUGGAAUCCCCAGAUACUUUGGAGUUUCUAGAAGGACUUGUCUGGCAUCUUGCUGAAACCAAGGACACAUUAACACUUUAUUUCCCUCUGCAGGUUUGAGCAAUAAUGGAGAAAAGAAACUCGCUUUUAAUGGAAAAGAAGUGAGCUUGGUGCUUAAUGUCUUUAUGAUCAUUUCCAUCAUCAUCAUCAGCAGCAUUGCUUUAUCAAGUAAGUGAAGAGCCAUUUUGAUGUAACGUCUGCCAGGUUAUCAACAGGCCACAUGCUCUCACAGAUCUUCUCUCCUCAGCAGCUAGAAUAGCUUUAUCGGUGUUCAGUUGAGGUAGCCUGGAAGCAGUUGUGGAUAGGGGCCCACAUUCAGGCAAGGUAGACUUCAUGUACUGUAAUAAUAGACCAAUAUGCACAAACAAUAUACACACACAAUACACACACAAUUUCAAGUGAUUUAAAUUGUACGAUACAAUUCUAAUCAAAGGCCUAUCUCAGGGAGAGUCAACUAGACCCUGGCUGUGUAUUUCAUGGAUAGUCAAUUGAGGUUGACUGUCUCUGGAUGAGCCACAAGAGAAGCUGCACUAUGUCCUGCAAGCUCCUGAGUUUUUGGACAGAGAUGGGCACUGGGCUGUCUGCCCUCCCUCCUACCCUCAUUUCCCCACCCUUAUCCAGCCCCACCUGGAGAUGAUGGGGGUUGACCGGAGACCUCCUGCACACAGUUUCUGUGUGGUGUAUUUGCAAUUAUGUUGUUAUACGAUAUUUUUAUUUUUUAAUUAUUUAUUAAAGAUUUUCUUGUUUUACUAUAUUUUUAUGUGAUGGUUCUUAUGAUGCUUGAGAUGUGUUCCCAUUUUCUUUGUUGCAAGCUGCUUUGAGCAGGAUUCCUUUUGUGGAAAGGCAGCACACAGAUAUAAUGUUGAUGAGUGGAGGACAUUGCCUGACCUUUAUUUUGGGUAGGACUAUUUAUAAGCUAUGGAUAAUGAUCUGUCUCACUUUCUGAUACCUUUCUAGGGAGAAGCGCAGUAUUGCCAACCGCCCUACCUUCUCCUUGCACUCCAACUGAGUACUGUCCGGACGGCUGGAUUGGCUACCAAAGGAAAUGUUACUAUUUUUCGGACAGUUACAGAAACUGGACAUAUAGCCAGAAUUAUUGUGCCUCUUUCAAUGCCUCUUUGGUCGUGAUUGACUCCCAAGAAGACAUGGUGAGUGGAAAGAUACAGAGCACAGUCUGCAGCCCCAAAUACAGUAGAUUCACAAUUGGAUGAGGGUUGGAAAUGUAUUUUCUUUCUCAUUUAUUUAUUUAUUUAUUUAUUUAUUUAUUUUCUUUAUUAAGAGCUUUUUGAGACGGUACAAAGGUCCUGCUGACUACUGGAUUGGUCUCCAAAAGAUGAAUGACCAGGAGCCUUGGAGAUGGAUCGAUGGCACCAUUUUCAAUAACUGGUGAGCAUCCACAAUGAAAAUGUGUAAUAAACAAGUCCCUUAAAACAGUGUAACAGUUAAAAUAGCUUGAGUGAAAAGAUCAAGAUCAAUGCUUGCCCAAACAGGUGUGCUUUGAGGAGCAACAUAUGCAGUGCUUUUUUAAUAUAGAAAAUAAGGUGCCAAUAUUCACCAUGAAGUUCUUACAGCAAGUGCCACGCUUUGAACAUUUGGAAAAGAAAAAAGGGCGCAGGUACUGAGUACCAUUGAGUACCCUCUGAAAAAGCACUACGUAUAUUCCUCAAGGACUACAAAGCUCCUGGUCCUAGCCUCGUGGCAUGCAGUCAAUGAACUAGGCGCAGGGGUCAGCAAACCUUUUUAGCAGGUGGCUGGUCCACUAUCCCUCAGACCUUGUGGGGGGCCGGACUAUAUUUUUUUGGGGGGUAAAAUGAACAAAUUCCUAUGCCCCACAAAUAACCCAGAGAUGCAUUUUAAAUAAAAGCACACAUUCUACUCAUGUAAAAACAUGCUGAUUCCUGGACCGUCCGUGGGCCGAAUUGAGAAGGCGAUUGGGCCGGAUCUGGCCCCCGGGCCUUAGUUUGCCUACCCAUGGACUAGGGGGACUAGGCUAGUCCCCUAAAUGUUCCCAGUAAAUAAGAGUAUUGACGUAUUAAAACCUGGCGCCUCCUUCCCGAAGCCCAAGAAGCUUUUGCCUGGCUUAGAGCGGGAGGCGUGAUGCCUGUGUUGGACGUGGCAAUGUUGCAACCUCACUUGUUCUCCACCCCACCCCAAUCACAAGCUCACGCCACUUGUCCUAACUGUUGCCCUACAAAAAUGUUCACAACACGCCACUGUCAAAGGCACAUUUGUAGUUUCACAAUUGUUACUAGUACAGUGGUACCUCGGGUUAAGAACUUAAUUCGUUCCAGAGGUCUGUUCUUAACCUGAAACUGUUCUUAACCUGAAGCACCACUUUAAGCUAAUGGGGCCUCCCGCUGCUGCUGUGCCGCCGCCGUGCUUUUUCUGUUCUCAUCCUGAAGCAUAGUUCUUAACCUGAAGCACUAUUUCUGGGUUAGCAGAGUCUGUAACCUGAAGCGUAUGUAACCUGAAGCGUAUGUAACCCGAGGUACCACUGUAGUCUGCCUGAAUGUUGAGGAACUGACCAGAAGCCUUCUGCUUCUUAUACACAGAGCUCCACCUUGUGGUCAGCAGCACACAUAGAAGUUCAUUUUCAGUCAUAGCGCAGCAAGAGUUUGAUGUUUCCUUUCUAGGCCAGAUUCUAAAGAAAAUAUUUUGGUGGAAAAGCUGCUUAGAAAUAUGAAUAUUUGUAUUAUAUGAAUAUGAAUGCAAUUGUCUUCUUCAGGUGAAAAUUUGCUUCCAGGCCUCCCUGCACCUAUGCUUGGCGUUUCUCCCGCUGCUAGUUCUCAGGGAUAUUUCUAUGGAUAUUUUCUAUGGAUUGUGGUUAAUGGGUUGAGGUUGAAUUCCAACAACACAGAAGUACAGUUUCUGGGGACAGCGGACGGGCAUGUUUGGGGUAUUCCCUGGUCCUGAAUGGAGUUACUGGGCCCCUAAAGGACCAGCUGUACAGCCUUGGGAUCUUCUUGGACUCACAGCUGUCCAUGAAGGGGCAGGUCAAUUCUGCCAGCUCCAUCUGGUACACCAGCUGAGACCCCAUCUGCCUGCGCACUGUCUCACCAGAGUGCUGCAUGCUCUGGUUAUCUCCUGCUUGGACCUGCCUCAUAUAACUGAUCACAAGAUGCAACACAUGCACACCAUUUGAGUGGCAUUGCCCAUUAAUUUUGGGGGGCAGCCCCCUCAAAUAUUUUAUUGGAGGACCGAAGGGAUCUCGGCACCUAGGAGUUGGCUCCUUUGAUGAUAACCUUUAAAGCUCUAAAUAGCUUUGGCCCUGUAUACCUGAAGGAGCAUCUCCACCCCCAUCGUUCAGCCCGGACACUGAGGUCCAGCUCCAAGGGCCUUCUGGCAGUUCCCUCACUGCAAGAAGUGAAGUUACAGAGAACCUUCUUGGUAGUGGCCCCUGCCCUGUGGAAAGCCCUCCCAUCAGAUGUCAAGGAGAUGAAGAACUGUACAACCUUUAGAGGACUUCUGAAGGCAGCCCAGUAUUGGGAGUUUUUAAUGUUUGAUGUUUUAUGAUGUUUUUAAUAUUUUGUUGGGAGCUGGCCGGAGUGGCUGGAACAACCCAAUCAGAUGGGUGGCAUAUUAAUAAUAAAAUUAUUGUUAUGAUUAUUUCAACAUAUGUUCUGUUUGAAAUUUUAGGUUUAAAAUUUGGGGAGGAGGAGAAUGUGCUUAUAUAAACCAUCAAAGUGUUGCCAGCUCCAGCGGCCGAAGCGAAGAACCCUGGAUCUGCAGCAAACCGUUUAGAUGA